AUGCUGCUGAUAGCCCUCCAGGCCACCACUGCCCUAAAGAAUGACAUCGACAUCUACAGCCUCACUGUGGAGUCCAAGAUCUCAUCCAGAUUUGCCCACACAGUUGUCACCAGUCGGGUGGUCAACAGGGCCGACACUGUGAAGGAGGCUGCUUUCCAGAUGGAGCUUCCGAAGAAAGCCUUCAUCACCAACUUCUCCAUGAUCAUCGAUGGUGUGACCUACCCGGGGACUAUCAAGGAGAAGGCUGCAGCCCAGGAGCAGUACAGCACAGCUAUGGCCAGGGGCGAGAGCGCUGGCCUGGUCAAGGCCACUGGGAGAAAGACGGAGCAGUUCCAAGUGUCAGUCAGCGUGGCUCCUGCUGCCAAGAUCACGUUCGAGCUGGUAUAUGAGGAGCUGCUCAAGCGGCAACUGGGCACAUAUGAGCUGCUGCUGAAAAUCCAACCCCAGCAGCUGGUCAAGCACCUGCAGAUGGACAUUCACAUCUUCGAGCCUCAGGGCAUCAGGUUCCUGGAGACAGAGAGCACCUUCAUGACCAAUGAGCUGGCAGAAGCCCUUACUACCUCACAGAACAAAACCAAGGCUCACAUCCGGUUCAAGCCAUCGCUUUCCCAGCAGCAAAAGUCUCCAGAGCAGCAGGACACAGUCCUGAAUGGCAACUUCAUCAUCCGCUAUGAUGUGAACCGGACGCUCUCAGGAGGCUCCAUUCAGAUCGAGAAUGGCUACUUUGUGCACUACUUUGCCCCUGAGGGCCUGCCCACCAUGCCCAAGAAUGUGGUCUUCGUCAUUGACAAGAGUGGUUCCAUGAGUGGCAGGAAAAUCCAGCAGACACGGGAAGCACUAAUCAAGAUCCUGGGUGACCUCCGCCCCAACGACCAGUUCAACCUCGUCAUCUUCAGCUCAGAGAUAGCCCAGUGGAAGCCAUCGAUGGUGCAGGCCUCAGCGAAUAACGUGAAUGAGGCCAAGAGCUAUGCUGCCACCAUCAAGGCCCAGGGAGGAACCAACAUCAACGAUGCGAUGAUGACGGCUGUGAAGCUGCUGGACAAGAGCAACCGGCAGGAGCUGUUGCCCUCAGGGAGUGUCUCUCUCAUCAUCCUGCUCACUGAUGGUGACCCCACUGAGGGGGAGACCAACCCUGUGAAGAUCCAGAAGAAUGUGAGAGAGGCCAUAAAUGGCCAGUACAGCCUCUUCUGCCUGGGCUUUGGCUUAGACGUCAGCUAUGUCUUCCUGGAAAAGCUGGCGCUGGAUAACGGUGGCCUGGCUCGGCGCAUCUAUGAGGACUCAGACUCCGCCUUGCAGCUCCAGGACUUCUAUCAGGAGGUGGCCAACCCACUGCUGUCUGCAGUGACCUUCGAGUACCCAAGCAACACUGUGGAGAAGGUCACUCAGGAAAACUUAGGGCUCCUCUUCAAGGGCUCAGAGAUGGUGGUGGCCGGGAAGCUGCGGGACCAGAGCCCUGAUGUACUCUCUGCCAAAGUCAGCGGGCAGGUGCACAAGCAGAAUAUUACCUUCCAAACGGAGUCCAAAGUGGUUGAGCAGGAGGAAGAGUUCCGGAGCCCCAAGUACAUCUUCCACAACUUCAUGGAGAGACUCUGGGCAUACUUGACCAUCCAGCAACUGCUAAAGCAAAUUGUUUCCGCAUCUGACGCUGAGCGGCCAGCCCUUGAGAGCCAAGCUCUGGGCUUGUCACUCAAUUAUAGCUUUGUCACACCUCUCACGUCUAUGGUGGUCACCAAACCCGAAGGCCUAGAACAAGUUGCUGAAAAGCCCAAGGAAGAUGGAAGGGGUCACCUCAACCUGGACUUUUUUUUCCCCCCAGAAACAAGCUCAGAAUCCCCAACCUUAGCCCCCAUCCUGGCUCCUCACGCCAUCCUGUCACUGCCUGGGCAGAGCGUGGACCGGCUCUGUGUGGACAUCGAGCACUCUCAGGGGCCAGUCAACCUGCUCUCAGAUCCUGACCAAGGGGUUGAGGUGACUGGCCAGUUUGAUACAACUCAGUUUUCGUGGAUUGAGGUGACCUUCAGGAACCCCCAGCUGCAGGUCCGUGUGUCCCCUGAACAUGUAGUGGUGACUCGGAACCAAAGAAGCUCGGCUUACAAGUGGAAGAAAACACUGUUCUCAGUGUUGCCUGGCCUAAAGAUGACCAUAGACAAGAAUGGUCUCCUGCUGCUCAGUGGUCCAGACAAAGUGACCAUCGGCCUGUUGUUCUGGGAAGGCCCUGAGCCAGGCCUCCGGCUUCUUCUGCAGGACACUGAUUGCUUCUCCAGCCACGUCAGUGGAAACCUUGGCCAGUUCUACCAGGACGUGCUCUGGAAGCACCCAGGAGGAAAAGACAAUGAGCGAACACUGACGGUUCAGGGUAGUGACUACCUUGCCACCAGAGAGCUCAAGCUGGAUUUCCAAGAGGGGCCCCCUGGAACAGAGAUUUCCUGCUGGUCUGUGACGCUAUAG